GAAAGAUUGCAGUUUAUUUUUAAAGACACCUGCUUUGUGUUGAAUGAAAAGAGGCAAAGUUUAAUGUACAAGCAGACAGUGGAACACAUAUAUAGACAUGGGCUCUGGCAGGACUUUGCAGGACAUUAAAUGAGGGAGCAAGUGAGGGGGGGAGCUGUGUUCUGAUAGACUGACUCACUGGACAUUACAGUUCAUUUACACUGUAUUGUAAGCCAGAAAACCUAGAGGACAGUGUGUUAACAUAGCCUGACCAACUGGACACUGCUAUACAUUAACUACCUUCUGACUGGGUAAAGUGGCCUCAUUUACAUAUUACAGUAGUGUCUUUCAGUGACCUGAGGUGGAGCUACACAACAGGGUGGUGAUGUCAUCACAGCAGAAGGAGGAGAUCCCUGGUGUGGCAGAGGCAGUAGGCAUGGCUUGUGACAGUGAAGCUGGGAGCCGAGAGGGAGGAGGGGCUUCUGUGGCCAUGGAGGGAGAAACAAGAGAAAUGGGAAGAUCACAGGAAGAGACAGAAAGUGAGUGGAAGGCACAGAAGGAUGGAGGGAAAGACGCAGGGGAACUCACUGACAAAUGUGGAGGAGGGAAAGGGGUGGAAAUGGGGAAAAAAGAGGAUGGAAAGAAAGAGGCAAAGGGGGAAAAGAAAGGAGAGCGGGAGACCAAAGGGAAAGAGCAGGAGGGGGAAAAGAGAGAUGGGCAGCCUGGAGGGGAGGGAGUGAGGGGCGACUCCAGUGAGAAGGCAAGAGUUAGCAAGGGAACAGGACUGGCAAUAGAAAUCAAGAAAGGAGGAAAAGCAAAGGACAUACCUAAAGGGAUGGAGGCUGAGAAGCAUAGUAAGCCCAAAGAAAAGGCAGGGCCAAACCCCACACCCACUCCCCUUGGCCUGUCCCGUCCCAGGAGCUACGCUCGUCCUGUCCGGGGUGCUGCCAAACAGGACAUCAUCGCCAAGUUCCAGCAGAACUGCCCUGAAACACCAGUCAUACACAAUUUUAAGGUCCAGAGAACCUCUGCUGGCUGCUCCAAUGGGGCUUCCAUCAAACAGAAAAUCCUCCAGUGGUGUCAAAAUAAGACCCGAAACUAUGAGGGCGUGUGUAUUGAGAACUUCUCCUCCUCCUGGUGUGAUGGCAUAGCUUUCUGUGCGCUUGUUCACCGGUUCUUCCCAGACGCGUUCGAUUUCUCCAAACUGCGGGCAGAAGAGAGGGCAAAGAACUUUGCCUUGGCGUUCAGCACGGCAGAAUCCUUGGCUGACUGCUGCCCCCUACUGGAGGUUGAAGAUAUGCUGUUAAUGGGAAAUGCUCCAGACCCACUGUGUGUGUUCACCUAUGUGCAGGCCUUGUGCCAGCACUUGUCCAAAAUAGAGAAAGAGAGAAAGGACAGAGAGAAGGAGGAAAAGAGAGAGGGAGAGAGCAUGUCAGAGACAAAAGAGGAAAGGCAGGGGGAGCGAAGUACGGGUGGAAUAGAGGAAGGCAAAGGCGAGGGAGAGAAAAAGGGAGAGAGAGGUCAAGAGGGAAAAAAGAGCACAGCUAAGAGGGGCAGUGAAAAGAGAGGAGAAGAGGAAGAGGAAGGAGCAAGGGAGCACGAAGAAGAAGCUACAGCUGCCAAGUGAGAGAGUAAACACUCACAGGUGGCUGAAAAUACAGUUAGCACAAAAAGAAAAUUACUGGAUUAAAUAUUUAUAAGAUACUAUCCAGUCAGUCUUACAUGCUUUACAACUGUAUAUGGGGUCAGGCAUAAGGACAGAAUUUAUUUUGAAUAUUGCACCACUUUAUUGAAUAAGAGUAUUAUUUGGUCUUUUUGGAUUACUCUUCAGUAAAUGUGGACAGUGUGAACCCAUAGACUACUUAAAUGACUUAAUCAGAAAAUAAAAUUAUAGUGUUUGCAGUGAAAUACAGGGGAUUGGGAUCUUUAUCAAUUUGUGUAAUCAAUUUGUUUUUGUUAUUGUUCAUUUUUCCUAUUUAUGUGCUUUGUAUGACUCCACGUGCAUUGUUUUGUUUGUUAAAAUUUUUCACUUUGUGAUAAAAUAAAUGCAGCAUCUUCAUUUGCUUUGUGUUUUUUAAAUAAAUACAACAGAUGUUUAGGAAA